GCAAAUGACUCUGGCCCCGCGUGUAGUCGCCGCUGAGCUGCACGAAGCCCUGGUUUCCAGCAGGCAUACUGCGGCUUGUGGUCUGGGUUGAGACGCUGUGGCGGACGCUGAGAACAUGAGGACCGCGGACUGGGGGCUGCACUGGGCUGUCGCACUACUCUUCGCUGCGGCGGGGGCUACAGUGGAAGCCAAGUGUGGGAGGAAUGAGUUCCAGUGCCUGGAUGGGAACUGCAUCUCCUACAAGUGGGUCUGUGACGGCAGCCCUGAGUGCCAGGACGGCUCCGACGAGUCCCAGGAAACGUGCAUGUCUGUCACCUGCAAAUCAGGGGACUUCAGCUGUGGGGGCCGGAUCAACCGCUGCAUUCCUAACUUCUGGAGAUGCGAUGGCCAAGUGGACUGUGAGAACGGCUCAGACGAGCAAAGCUGCCCCGCCAAGACCUGCUCGCAGGACGAGUUUCGUUGCCACGAUGGGAAGUGCAUCUCUCAGCAUUUUGUCUGUGACGGGGACCGCGACUGCCUGGACGGCUCGGAUGAGGGCUCCUGCCCAGUGACCACAUGCGGCCCCGCCAGUUUCCGCUGCAACAGCUCCACCUGCAUCCCUGAGCUGUGGGCCUGCGAUGGCGACCCCGACUGCGAGGACGGCUCCGACGAGUGGCCGCGGCGCUGCGGGGGCCGGGACACUUCCAGCCCCCAGCGGGACUCUGGCCCCUGCUCCUCCCUCGAGUUCCACUGUCCCAGCAGUGGCGAGUGUAUCCACAGCAGCUGGCGUUGUGACGGUGGCCCCGAUUGCAAGGACAAGUCCGACGAGGAGAACUGCACUGUGGCUACCUGCCGUCCUGACGAAUUCCAGUGCUCAGAUGGGACCUGCAUCCAUGGCAGCCGGCAGUGUGACAAGGAGCAUGACUGUAAAGACAUGAGUGAUGAAGUCGGCUGCGUCAACGUGACACUGUGUGCGGGGCCUGACAAGUUCAAAUGCCACAGCGGUGAAUGCAUCACCCUGGACAAAGUGUGCAACUCAGCCCGAGACUGCCGGGACUGGUCAGACGAGCCCAUCAAGGAGUGCGGGACCAACGAGUGCUUGGACAACAAUGGGGGCUGUUCUCACAUCUGCAAUGACCUCAAAAUCGGCCACGAGUGCUUGUGUCCCGAUGGCUUCUGGCUGGUGGACCAGCGCAGAUGUGAAGAUAUCGACGAGUGUCAGGACCCUGCCACCUGCAGCCAGCUCUGCGUGAACCUGGAGGGCAGCUUCAAGUGCGAGUGUGAGGAGGGCUUCCAGAUGGACCCCCGCACCAAGGCCUGCAAGGCAGCAGGCUCCAUCGCCUACCUCUUCUUCACCAAUCGCCACGAGGUGAGGAAGAUGACGCUGGACCGCAGCGAGUACACCAGCCUCAUCCCGAACCUCAAGAACGUGGUCGCUCUAGACACCGAGGUGGCCAGCAACAGAAUCUACUGGUCUGACCUGUCCCAGAGAAAGAUCUACAGCACCAAGAUCGACAGAGCCCCCAGCUUGUCCACCUAUGACACCGUCAUCGGCAGUGACCUCCAUGCUCCCGACGGGCUGGCCGUGGACUGGAUCCACAGCAACAUCUACUGGACUGAUUCCGUCCUGGGCAGCGUGUCCGUGGCGGACACUAAGGGCGUGAAGAGGAGAACGCUGUUCCAGGAGAAAGGCUCCAAGCCGAGGGCCAUCGUGGUGGAUCCCGUCCACGGCUUCAUGUACUGGACAGACUGGGGCACCCCCGCCAAGAUCGAGAAAGGGGGCCUGAAUGGCGUGGAUGUCUACUCGCUGGUGACGGAAGACAUCCAGUGGCCUAAUGGCAUCACACUGGAUCUCUCCAGCGGCCGUCUCUACUGGGUAGACUCCAAGCUGCACUCCAUCUCCAGCGUUGAUGUCAACGGGGGAAACCGGAAGACCAUCCUGGAGGACGAGAAGCGGCUGGCCCACCCCUUCUCCUUGGCCGUCUUCGAGGACAAAGUAUUCUGGACAGAUGUCAUCAACGAAGCCAUUUUCAGUGCCAAUCGCCUCACAGGCUCAGACGUUAAUUUGGUGGCGGAAAACCUGCUGUCCCCCGAGGACAUUGUCCUGUUCCACAAUGCCACACAGCCGAGAGGUGUGAACUGGUGUGAGAGGACAGCCCUCCGCAACGGUGGCUGCCAGUACCUGUGUCUGCCAGCCCCGCAGAUCAACCCCCACUCCCCCAAGUUCACCUGUGUCUGCCCGGACGGUAUGCUGCUGGCCAAGGACAUGAGGGGCUGCCUCUCAGAGGCGGAGCCUGUAGUGACCACCCUGGGGCCGUCCAUCGUCAGGUCCACGGUCAGUUCCAGAGUCAGCUCUACAGCCCGGGGGCCGAAGCACACAGACCAGCGGCCUGCUUCCAGCACCUCCUGGCGGCCUGUGGCUGUUCCCCGGCUCAGCACAAUGGAGUCAGUGACCAUGUCCCACCAAGUCCUGGCCGACGUUGCUGACCGAGGGAAGGAGGAGAAGCCCCGGGGCGUGGGGGCUCUGUCCAUCGUCCUCCCCGUCGCGCUGCUUGUCCUCCUCUGCUUCGGGGCCUUCCUUGUCUGGAAGAACUGGCGGCUGAAGAGCAUCAACAGCAUCAACUUCGACAACCCCGUGUACCAGAAGACCACGGAGGACCAGGUCCACAUCUGCCGCAGCCAGGACGGCUACACCUACCCCUCGAGACAGAUGGUCAGCCUGGAGGAUGACGUGGCGUGAACAGCUGCCGAGAGCCCAGUCCCUUCCCGGAACCUGUUGCCACUUAUGGGCAGGAAGGAAGGACACUCUCCCCAGGCCCUUGACCACUGACUGUCACCCACUUCCCCCAAAUCCUUCUGACACCCCCCAGGGCCUCGGUUUCCUUCAGAGUCAGAAAAGACCAAAGGCACUGCUGGCGACCAAAGCCCGGUGGCCUGUCUGCCAGAGCUUUGUUUUAUAUAUUUAUUCACCUGGGAGGCAGAACAGGCUUCCGACCGAGCCCACGGGACGGGUUCUGCUUGGGGUUUUUGGUUUUUCCUUUCCGUAUGAAGGAGAAGAGGAAAGGACCCAAGACUGGAAUCUCCGUUCCUCUCAGAAGUCCAGCCCUCUUCUUUCCUGCAUCACAAAGAAGGAAAGGACAGUGGGACCCCAAGUGGCCUGGAACGUGCCGGCAGGCGCUCUCAUGGGGUCGCAGGCACCACCCAGCCCCUCCACUCAGGAGCUGCGUCCACCUCCGCCCUCUGGCCCACUGCCCUGCAUCCGCUCUUUCCAGCUGGGCCGGAGCCCCUGCAGCCAGGGAAGGGCUCCCGGGACCGAGGCGGUGGGAUCAGGGGCCCAGCGCUUUCCUGCGCCAAAGCUUUGCCAGUUCCCCAGGAAGAGCCUGAGUCACCAGUCGCCCUUAAUACUUGCGAAGUGCCUGAAACACUCAUCACCUUGCUCCUGGGGACGCAGGGCCUCUGCCCUCCAUGACUGUGCUCCAGCCCAGGCUGGCUGUUGGGACCCGGGCCCCGGCCCUCCCACACAGAGCUGGCACGUCUCUGGAUCUCCUCGCACUUUUUCAGUUCAGGGUUGUACAUUGUGUAAGUCUGACGUUCUUGUUAUUCUUUUGCACUGUUUUCUGUCGUGUGUUUGGGAUCACGGGCGGGUGGCCCGCAUUGGUGAAUGCAGGAGGAACGCGCCCGGAGGAGAGCAAAGGCCGCGUUGCUCCGGCGACUUCAAAGCCAGGAUCGUGAAUAUAUGAAAUAGCCAUGUCCCGCCUCCUUCUUUUCCCUCCUUUCCUUUCCGCCAGUGCUGGGGGUCAAACUCAGGAUCUCGUGCAAGCCAGGCAGGCGCUCUGCCCCUCAGGCUGCUUGCUCUCCUCCUAACAUUCGCCAGGCACUGUUUCCACGUCUAUGAAAAUGUCCCAGAGCCACUGACCUCCCUGUCUGCGGUCCUCAAAGGCCGAGCAGGAGGAACUCUCAAGGCCUGUCAGCCCUUCAGGAAUCCUCUCCUCUAGGUCAUUGGAUGGAACUUGUAAAGCCACGACUCUUUCUGAAAUUGCCACAGAUUUUAUCGUUGCAUGAUGGCACGGAUGACACAAGAGAUGGUGACAGCCUCCCGUGGACCCCCACACGGAGACGUCCAAAGGGGCUCUCACUGCUGCGCCACGCAAGGAUCAAGCACUGUGAUCCCUCCCUCCGUAGGAAACUGUGAUGGGCUUUUCUUUCCCAAGCAUGUAAAUAGAUCCCUGUUCAGCUGGUGGCACUCAAUGUUAUGUUUGCACUUUGUAUAUUUUUGAAAGU